GGUACAUCAGUACGGAGCUGGGAAUCCGCGAGCGACUCUUCGUUGGCGUGCUAACGUCAAGAACACGCUGAACACUCUAGCGGUGGCCGUGAACCGCACCCUGGGGCAGCGCGUGGAGCGAGCCGUGUACUUCACCGGCACCCGGAGCCGCAAGAUCCCACACGGCAUGUACAUCGUGACUCACGGCGACGACCGGCCCAUCUGGAACAUGUACCAGACCAUCAAGUACGCCCACGACCGGCACGGCAACGAGUACGACUGGUUCUACUUUGUCCAGGACGACGUGUACACGGAGGGAGACCGGCUCCGGGGGCUGGUGGGCCGUCUGACCAUCGACACCGAGCUGUACAUGGGGAGGCCAGAGGAGUUUAUCGGUGGGGAGACCGAGGGCAGGUACUGCUAUGGCGGCUUUGGUUACCUGCUGUCCCGCAGCCUUCUCAACAAGCUCCAGGCUCACCUGGAAAACUGCCGCAAUGACAUCCUCAGCGCCAGGCCUGACGAGUGGCUCGGCCGCUGCCUCAUUGACUACGCUGGGGUCACCUGUGUGGACGAGUAUGAGGGCGUGCGUUACCGCUAUUUUGAGCUGGGGAAGAACACGGACCCUGAGCGGGAGGAGAGGCUCCAGUUUAAGAAUGCCUUCACCGUGCACCCAGUGCUGGAGCCCACACAGAUGUACCGUCUCCACAAGCGCUUCACGGAGAUCGAGCUCGAGAGAACCUACCAGGAGAUCAGGCACCUACAGGCUGAGAUGAAGAACCUGAGCGGGCUGACACCAGGGGAGGAGGUUAGGGAGUGGCCAGUGGGGGUUAACCCCCCCUUCCGGCCCCGCACACGUUUCGAGGUUCUGCGCUGGGAUUACUUCACGGAGGAGCAGUUGUUCUCGUGCCUGGACGCCUCCCCCAAAUGCCGCCUGUGUGGGGUGGAUCGCGCAGACGUGGGGAGUGUGAUCGAGACGGCGGUGGAGGAACUGAACCGACGAUACCAGCCAGUCCUGCACCUCCGCAAGCAGCAGCUGGUGAACGGCUACCGGCGCUUUGACCCCACGCGGGGGAUGGAGUACACCCUGGACCUGAGGCUCGAGGCCCUGACGCAGAGAGGCCACACUCGCUCCAUCACCCGGAGGGUCCAGCUGCUGCGGCCACUCAGCAGCGUGGAGAUCAUCCCCAUGCCGUACGUGACGGAAGCCACGCGUGUCAACGUGAUCCUGCCGCUCACCGCCCAGGACCGGCCCGACGCCGCCCGCUUCAUCGACCUGUUCGCCCGCAGCGCGGCCCGACCAGGCCAGAACGCCGUGCUGACCCUCCUCUUCGUCUACGACCCCCUGGAAGCCCAGCAGGUCCAUCAGAACGACGUGUUCGCGGACGUCAAGGCCAAGGUGGGCGAGUUCGAGCGGAAGCACCCGGAGGCCAAGAUCCCCUGGAUCAGCGUCAAGACAGACGCUCCGUCGCAGAUCAAGAUCAUGGACAUCGUCUCCAAGAAGCACCCGGUGGACACCUUGUUCUGUGUGGCCGAGGUGGGGACCCAACUCAGCCCCGAGUUCCUGAAUCGCUGCCGCAUGAACAGCAUCAACAACUGGCAAGUCUUCUUCCCGAUCCACUUCCAGGAGUACAGCCCGCUGGUCGCCUACCACAACCAGGACCUGCCGCCCGCCCCCGACCUGGUGAAGGACGCCGGACACUUUGACCGGCACGUCUUUGAGGAGGCGUGUUUCUACAACUCCGAUUACAUGGCCGCUCGAGCCAAGAUGGCCUCGGACGCGCUGGAGAACGAGGAGCUGUUGGAGACCAUGGACGUGUACGACGUGUUUGUCAAGUACUCAGGGCUGCACGUGUUCCGGGCGGUGGAGCCCGCGCUCCGCCACCGCCACCGCCAGCGCGGUUGUAACCCCCGCCUCGGGGAGGAACUCUACCAUCGCUGUGUCCAGAGUAGCCUCGAAGCCCUGGGCUCCCGCUCACAGCUCGCCAUGCUGCUGUUCGAGCAGGAGCAGGGCAACAGCACCUGAGACGGUCAGCGAGGCAGCCAGGGAGAGAGGGAAUGAGGGAGAGAGUGAGGGGGAAUGAGGGAGAGAGAGAGAGAGAGAGAGAGGGGGAACCUCGAAGCAGUGACGAGGGACGGAGGAGGAGCUUGAGGCUGGAAUGGACUGGACAUGUUCUCGCUUUGACCUCCUAGCCUGAAGUCACCUUCUCCAUCGUCAACCCCCACUCUUCCUCCUUCUCUUGCUCCACCCUCCCUCCUAUCUCUCUCCUCCCCUC